AUGAAGAUUAAACUUAAUGUGCAUAUGUUAACGUGUACGUAUACAGUGGUGCUUCAUUUAAUUGUGGUCUUAUGGAGAGUGGUACAAGUCUGUUAUGCUGAUCAAUUAGAAUACAUAUAUCCCCCUAAAAUUCGCAGUCAUCAACAAUAUAACACAUAUAAGAUUGAUUUCAAGAAAAGAGAGUACAAUGUUACGAUUCCGGAAAAUAGUAUUGGCAGAACGUAUGCUACACCUACGUCCUACGACGAAAAAAUUGGCUUAGAAAUACCCAAUUCAUGUAAUACAGCUUUUCGAAUCAUUUCUGGAGAUCGAGAUAAGCUGUUUAAAGCCGAAGAGAGAACUGUGGGUAAUUUUGCUUUUUUGGCGAUAAGAACGAGAACUAGCAAUGUAGUAUUAAAUCGAGAAAAAAAUGAGGACUAUAAUUUCAAAGUAAAGGCAUUAGUAACAUGCAUUGAGAAUGGUAGCAAUAUAUUACUUGAAGCGGAAUGUACAAUAAAUCUGCAAGUUCUUGACAGAAAUGAUUUAAGUCCUCUUUUCUAUCCUACUGAAUAUUCGGCUACUAUAUUUGAAGAUAUUCCCGUACAUAGCAGCAUUAUCAAGGUGACAGCCGAAGACGCGGAUUUAGGGUUAAAUGGAGAGAUUUACUACAGUUUCUUGGAAUCCAAUCCAUAUUUUGUAAUCCACGCAUCUUCCGGAGUUAUAUCAAACGUUAGACCAUUAAUCAAUAUGGGCGGCACAACUUUGGAAAUUACAGUUCUAGCAGUGGAUCGAGGUUCCGCAAUGCUGCAUCACAACCACCAAACUAGCAAGGCCAAAGUUUUGAUUAAUAUUGAAAAGAGUAAUCUACAUUCGCCAGAUCUAUACAUUAGUACAGUCUACAAUAUAGUGGUACAGGAAAAUAUCGACUUUACCAGAAACACAUUUGGAAUCAUUCGAGUUUCUGACAAAGACAGUGGCAAACACGGUGAAAUCAGUGCUGUCUCGAUUGUAGAUGGUGAUGCAGAUGGAAUAUUUGAGAUAGUUCCAUCUAAAACGAACGAUGAAUUUUAUCUUCAUUUGAAGAAACUGGUUGUACUACCUAAUUCGACUAAUUAUUACAACUUAACUAUACGCGCUGAGGACAAAGGGAUUCCACAAAGACAUACGUCUAAAAUUGUACCUAUUACUAUAUAUGUUGAAAAACAAAAUGCCCCUGUUUUUACUAAGCAGUUAUAUGAAGUAUCCAUUCCAGAAACUGCUCCAAUAAAUAUGCCUGUAAUUCGUUUAAAAGUAAGCGACCCCAGCUUUGGAAAAAACGCACUAGUUUUUCUUGAAAUUGUAGGAGGAAAUGAAGGAGGAGAAUUUAAGAUCAAUCCCGACACAGGUAUGUUGUAUACACAGAAAAAUUUGGAUGCCGAAAGAACUGCUUUUUAUACACUUACUGUGUCCGCCAUUGAUCAAGCCAAUUUAGGAAUUCGAAAGCAAUCAUCAGCAAAAGUAAAAAUUAAUAUACUAGAUAUUAAUGAUAAUGAUCCUAUUUUCGAUCAGAAAAAUAUAACAGUAUACGUGAAUGAGAACGAAAAGACAGGAACGUAUGUAACGAAAGUCCUGGCAAGGGAUAAAGACGCCGGAGAGAAUUCAUUUAUAUCAUAUAGUAUUGCGAAUUUUCAUGAUAUGCCUUUUGAUAUAGACCAUUUUACUGGAGUUAUACGAACAACAAGUUUAAUAGAUUUUGAAGUGAUGAGACGAUCGUAUAAAUUAAAAGUGAGAGCAUCAGAUUGGGGCCUACCCUACAGAAGACAGACGGAAAUGGAUGUAAUUGUUAAUAUCAACGAUAUAAACGACAAUAGACCACAGUUCGAACGUAUCGAUUGUGUAGGAAAAGUAUUUCGGCAUGCUCCUGUGGGGACAGAUAUAUUCACAUUAUCAGCCAUAGACUUUGAUGUCGGCGAUUAUAUAACAUAUCGGCUAAUUUCUGGUAAUGAAGAUGGAUGUUUUAAUAUGGAUUCAAUCACUGGCGUAAUAACAAUUGGAUGUGAUCUUAAUGAUAUGCGAGUGUUCCAUCGUCAUAUUAACGUGUCCGCAACAGAUGGAACACAUUUUUCUGAUGAGAUGACAAUCAACAUAGAUCUUAUAAGCGGCGGUCAUUUGAAUGGCUUGAAAUUGGAUUUAGAUGGCUAUAGCAGUUUUGAGUGCCAUGAAACCGGGGUUGCGAAAAAGUUGGCUGAUAUAUUAGCUGCUUCGGAAAAGAACAAUAUGAGAAUCAAUGACGAAUUGGAAACACACGGUUACUUAACACUUAACAGAUAUGGACAAAAUGUACACAAACCGGAAUUUGUUGAUUUUCCGAUAAUAUUGAAUGUGAAUGAGAGUCUUCCUCUAGGUGAUACAAUAACAAGGUUUAAAGCCAAAGAUCGGGACUUAGGAUACAAUGGAAAGUUGGUGUUUGGAAUUGCCGAUGGCGAUUUUGAAUCUGUAUUUAGAGUUGAUCCCGACAGUGGUGAACUUCAACUUAUAGGAUACUUGGAUAGAGAGCGACAGGAAGAGUAUGUCCUGAAUAUAACAGUGUGCGACCUUGGACAACCUUCCAGAUGUGAUUCAAAAAUGCUAACAGUCACUAUUUUGGAUGUUAAUGAUAACCCACCAGUAUUUCAAAGGCCUAUUGCUAAACUUCAUCUUCCUGAAAAUACUAUAAUUGGAAGUGAAGUUUUCUGCCUAAACGCGACGGAUGCAGAUGCAACUACAAAUGCCCAUAUUUUUUAUGGAGUUAAAUCUGAAACAAAUAAAUUUGCUAUAAAUUCGACCACAGGCUGUUUAUUUUUAUUAAGUACUCUAGAUCGCGAAACACAAGAUGAGUAUGAAUUACAAAUUUACGCCAAGGAUGGAGGUAUUCCAUCUCUAUCAGCGGAAGCUGUUGUUUCCAUAAUUGUAGAUGAUAUAAAUGACAAUGCUCCUGUAUUUGGUAUUCAAGAAAUUAUCUUUAAAGUUCGUGAGGAUCUUCCUAGAGGCACAGUUAUUGCUAAAAUAGAAGCAAAUGACUUUGAUGUCGGUAUAAACUCAGAAAUUCUUUUUUCCAUUAAAGAGGAUGUUGCAAAUGGAACUCUAUUCAAAAUUGAUAAAGUCAGCGGUAUAAUUCAGACACAGAAUUACUUAGAUUAUGAAACGCAACAAAUCUACAAUCUAGUAAUUAGUGCCAUAGACUGCGGCACACCAUCCUUAUCUUCAGAAAUGCCCGUUGUUAUAGAGAUAAUUGACGUCAACGAGAAUCGGUAUUCUCCGGAGUUUGAUGAUUUUGUCUAUACUGCAAAAGUUAAAGAGAAUAUGCCAAAAGGGACAAUUGUACGGAACAUAACUGCCAGGGACCUUGACUCCAAAGGUCCAGAAUCAGAAAUAUCAUAUUAUAUACGUGGUGGGGAUGGAAUCGGAUUAUUUACCGUUAAUGAAAAAGGAUCUAUUCGAACACUCUCGCACUUGGAUGCCGAAACUAAGCAGUUUUAUUGGCUCACUUUAUGCGCCCAGGAUCAAGCCAUAGUACCAUUAUACAGUUGUACGCAGGUGUAUAUAGAAGUUGAGGAUGUAAAUGACAAUGUUCCUAUAACGACACAACCAGUAUAUUACCCUUAUAUACUUGAAGGGAGUAAUGCACAUAGCCUUAUAAUAAAACUGAACGCAACAGAUGAUGAUGUAGACAAAACAACUAAAAUUACAUAUAAGAUUGUUUCAGGAAAUCCUGAAGGAUUUUUUGAAAUCAACAAAUCAACAGGAGAGCUUAUGACAACUGAACGAAAAUUGGAUCGUGAGAAUCAAGCUGAGCAUAUUUUGGAGAUUCGCAUAUCUGAUAACGGAUUUCCAUCCUUAUUUUCAACAACCCGUGUUGUUGUUACGGUCAAAGAUAUCAACGACAAUAGUCCACAGUUUGAACAACGUUUCUACAAAGUUCAAGCGCCAUCUACGUCAGCUAUAAACGUUUCCAUAUUUCAGAUUCUCGCUACAGAUAAUGAUAUUGGUGAGAAUGGAAGGAUAUCUUAUGCAAUUAAAUCUGGGAAAGGGAAAAAUAAGUUUCGAAUUGAUGCAGACACCGGAUUAAUUUACGCGGUUAAACCAUUAGAUGUCGAUAACGAAUAUGAAUUAAUUAUAAAGGCAGAAGAUCAUGGAGUUCCAAAAAAAAGUCAAACUGCACGACUAAAUGUAUUGGUAGUUCCAAUAUUAAAACAAUCUAACAUACCACCCAGUAUAAAGACAAUAAAUAGUUUAGUUGAAGUCACAGAAAGUGAUAAAGCCGGCUUUUUGGUUACUCUCAUUCAAGCCACUGACGAAGAUAGUGAACAUCUUUGGUAUAAUAUUAGUGGAGGGAACGACAACAAUGCAUUUUAUAUUGGCCAUGAUAAUGGAAAUGUACUUCUUUCUAAAUCCCUAGAUUGGGAAACUAAAAAUUUUUACAAUUUAACUAUAACAGUCAGUGAUGGAACCAAUAUUGUAGAAACACAAUUAUUUAUUAAAGUCGUCGAUACGAAUGAUAACCGACCCCAGUUUACCAAAGAUAUUUACCGUAUAAACAUAUCUGAGGGUAUAAAAGAAGAAACCAUAAUAUUGCAACUACAUGCAUCUGAUAAAGACGAAGACAAAAAAAUAUUUUAUACGUUACAUGGAUCGAAAGAUCCAUCAUCCUUAGAGUUUUUUCGCAUUGAUUCUGUUACAGGAAAUGUUGUUGUGACUCAAAAGUUGGAUUAUGAAAGAAAUAAACUUCACGAAUUAAUAGUUAUUGCAAAGGACCAAGGAACACCAGCCAAGCGAAACUAUGCAAAGAUAAUAGUCAGUAUUUACGAUCAUAAUGACCAUAGUCCAGAAUUUACAAGUAAAAUGCUGCAAAGUAAAAUUCCAGAAAGCGCAGUCGUGGGUUCAAAAGUGAUUCAUGUAAGCGCAACGGAUAGGGAUAGCGGAAAAAAUGGUGAAAUUAUGUAUUCCAUUAUAAGUGGAAAUGUUGGAAAUAUAUUUGAAAUAGAUAAAAUGGUUGGAACUGUCUACUUAUCACAAAAUUUGGAUAUAAUACAUAUGCAAGAGUACAUGCUUCAAGUUAAGGCUUCGGACUGUGGAAAUCCACCUUUAUCAUCACAGAUUCCUGUUCAUAUAAUUGUUGUAAUGGCAGACAACGACCCUCCAAGAUUUACUCUUGCGGAAAAUGAAAUUGAAAUUUUUGAAAAUCUCAAAAUUGGUUCAUUUGUAGCACACAUAGAAGCCAGAUCAUCGUCUUCGGUGUUUUAUAACAUUGUUGAUGGCAACGAUGAAGGGUAUUUUUAUAUAAACCCAUCUACCGGAGUUAUAUUAGUCAAUUUAAAAAUCGACUAUGAACAGAUAAAACAAUUUAAUUUGACUAUUAAAGGAACAAAUAUGGCAUCCGCAUCUUCGUAUCAAAACAUAAUUAUACAUGUUUUAGAUGUAAACGAUAAUCCUCCUUAUUUUGUUGAAACAGCAUAUUAUGGACAAAUAUCUGAAGCCUCCGAGCCGGGAUCUUAUGUUAGCAGCAAUAAUUCAAUCAAUAGUUUACUUUCCCUCAAGGCCUACGAUGGUGAUGUUGGACAAAAUAGUAAUUUAGAAUUUACAAUCAUGGACGACAUCAGUAAUCAGUAUUUCCAAAUUGAUUCAUUAACUGGAAAUAUACAACUUUUACAAAAGUUAGAUUACGAAUCAAAAAAUAUAUACAAAUUUAACGUUAUGCAUAUAGUUGACCCAGUCUAUGAUUGCCCGGUCCACUUGGAAGGUAUCUGGGGAUUGGAUAAGCAUAUUAGUGCAGACAUUGUUGAAGACUCCUUCAAUAAUGUCAGCACUAAUACGCUUAUGAAGACUACCCUGGCUUCCUGCCAGGCUUUCGGUGUGUACGUCAACCUUAAACAAGCAUUAAAGAGUGCGGCUAGAUGUGGUGAUAAAAAACCCGCCUCUUUUUGUAACAACGCGGGGAAGACAUUAUCUGGUCCUGCCGCUUUCAAUGGUGAGAAGCUUUUUAGGGCUUCUAACACUAUUGACGUGUCAAUAAUUGGUUCCUCUGAUCUUUCUUCCCUAUCUGUCAUGACAUCGUCCAUUGUCGGUGUAUUCGAUGGGAAGUGA